CUACUGUUACUUGGAGCAAUAAAAAAUGGCAAACAGCGAUAAGUGCAGCAGUGUUACCUGACUCGCACCUUUAGCCGCCGCCGGCUCGUCCUGCAAAAUAAAAGACCAGGCGUAGAAGAAGAAGAAGACGGCGUCGCUGAGUUGCUGUCCUUCUGCAACAACUAACCAGCAUCCAUGUCUUGGCUUGAGGCUCGCAGGGACUCGGUUCCGGUGGCCCAACAUGCGGUGCGGCGGCGCUUCUCCGGCCCCGUGGUGCUGCCGCCCCUGUGGAGGCGACACUCCUGCCAGGAGCAUCCCAACUACACGCGGAGGCCGUCUGCGCUCCACGGCCUGCCGCUGCAGCAGCUGGAGGUUCUGUACAGCCAGGCGCUGGCCAGCCACGACGAGCACCGUUUUGAUGUGGAGAAUGGCCUGUCAGUGGGUCGCAGUCCACUGGACUCUCAGACUAGCCCGGGUUCUGGCCUGGUACUUCAGGCCAACUUCCCCCACAGUCAGCGCCGCGAGUCAUUCCUCUACCGCUCCGACUCAGACUUCGACCUUUCGCCCAAAGCCAUGUCCCGCAACUCGUCCACUGCCAGCGACCUGGAGGAGGGACUGAAGCACUGGGAAGUCAGUUGGCUGCCUCGGCAUGGAGAAGACAUGAUAGUGACGCCGUUCGCUCAGGUUCUUGCCAGUCUACGAACGGUGAGAAGUAAUGUUGCUGUACUCACACAUCUGCAGGAUCGUGUAGGAAGCAAGCGCCCGUCGAGCAGCAGCCAACCCCCCCUGUGUAAGCCAUGUGUCGGAGAGGAGCCGUACCAGAAGCUGGCGGUGGAGACCCUGGAGGAGCUGGACUGGUGUUUGGACCAGCUGGAGACACUACAGACCAGACACUCGGUCAGCGAGAUGGCGUCCAACAAGUUUAAGAGGAUGCUAAAUCGCGAGCUGACGCAGCUGUCAGAGACGAGCCGCUCAGGGAAUCAGGUGUCCGAGUUCAUUGCCAGCACCUUCUUAGAGAAACAACAUGACAUGGAGAUUUUGUCUCCGCCUCUUAAGGAGAAAGAGAAGAAGAAGAGGCCGAUGUCACAGAUCAGCGGGGUGAAAAAGGCCACACAGAGUCCCGGCUUAGCGCCCGCCUGCAUCCCUCGCUUCGGCGUCACCACGCCGCACGAGAGCAUGCUGGCCAAGGAAAUUGAGGACAUUAAUCGCUGGGGUCUGGAUAUUUUCAAGAUAGCAGAAUUUUCCGGAAACCGUCCUCUGACGGUGAUGAUGUACUCUGUCUUCCAGGAGCGAGACCUCUUAAAAACCUUUAAGGUCCCAAUCGACACGUUCAUCACCUUCAUGAUGACUCUGGAGGACCACUACCACGCCGAUGUAGCUUAUCACAACAACAUCCACGCCGCUGACGUGGUGCAGUCCACGCACGUCCUUCUGUCCACGCCGGCGCUGGAGGCGGUGUUCACAGACCUGGAGAUCAUGGCUGCUCUCUUUGCCAGCGCCAUCCACGACGUCGACCACCCAGGAGUCACCAACCAGUUCUUAAUAAACACCAGUUCAGAGUUGGCGCUGAUGUACAACGACGCGUCGGUGCUAGAGAACCACCACCUCGCCGUGGGCUUCAAAUUGCUCCAAGAAGAAAACUGUGACAUCUUCCAAAACCUCAACAAGAAGCAGAAGGACUCCCUCCGCAAGAUGGUGAUCGACAUGGUGCUGGCCACUGACAUGUCCAAACACAUGAACUUCCUGGCAGACAUGAAGACCAUGGUGGAGACCAAGAAGGUGACCAGUCUGGGAGUCCUGCUUCUGGACAACUACUCUGACCGCAUCCAGGUUCUGCAGAACAUGGUCCACUGUGCCGACUUGAGCAACCCCACGAAGCCACUGGAGCUGUACCGGCAGUGGACGGACCGCAUCAUGGUGGAGCUCUUCACCCAGGGAGACCGCGAGCGGGACAAGGGCAUGGAGAUCAGUCCAAUGUGUGACAAACACAACGCCUCCAUUGAGAAGAGCCAGGUGGGGUUCAUUGACUACAUUGUCCACCCGUUGUGGGAGACCUGGGCAGACUUGGUGCACCCUGACGCCCAGGACAUUCUGGACACACUGGAGGACAAUAGGGAGUGGUACCAGAGUAUGAUCCCUCGCAGCCCUGAGCCAGCCAGCCCCGAGGAUCACCAUUCUGAGGUGGGGCCGGGAGGAGGCGCUGCGGGAGCAGGAGGCUCCGUACCAUCCGGAGGCGGAGGAGACAAGUUCCAGUUCGAACUCACUCUGGAAGAAGAGGAGGAGGAUGACGAGGAAGGAGAUUCUGACCUGGAGAGCCCUUUGGAGGAGGAGUCCCAGUCGUGUGGGGAGCCGCACCGGGACUCGUCCUCGUCCUCGCUGUCUCCGGACCCCAACAGCAGCAGCCGGUACCGCCCGCCCUCGCCUCUCCCGCCCCGGACCCUGAGCCUCGCUGCAAUGUCUGUGCGGAGCCCUCACCCUCACAGGACGCUGGCCUCCCCGGGGCAGGAGGACACAGACAGGGAGCGAGAGCUGAGCCCGGAGGGCGAUGGGGUGGCCUGUCUGCGCAUGGGGACGUAACAGCCAGCACCGCCUGCCACCCGAGAGACACAAGUGCUGCGUGUAGGGAGAUGGAGGCAGGGCCUUUACCAAUAAUGUCUGUAAAAUCACCACAGUCCCUUUACCCUGGAGACAUGGUCUCCGGCCAACAGAGGGACGUUCCCCCUCUGACUCAUUUUAUUUUUCAUCAAGAACUGUUUUAGCCUCUCUUUGAAUGCCCGAUAGGCCUUCGUGUCUCGCCCUGCUUUGCAGUAGCUACAAGCUGGGAUGGUCCCAGACAGACACUGCUUGACUUUACCUGGGAAGAACAGCGGAGCCGAGCUGCGAUAGUCACAGGAACACAAGGUAAAGGAAACGUCUUCCUUCAACAUAACUGCUGGUGACACGCGGACGCGAACAGAGAAAGAGGACUGUGGUGGUUCGACAGGGUCUUUUCUUUGAUUUUGCACCAUAAUUUUAGUUUAUAUGAACUAAGUGAGUCUGAAUGAGAAAGGGUUGUUUGUUUGAGAAUGAUGUGAAAGAUGAAUCAUUUUACCAAAUAUAAGAUGUAGGUGAGCACAGAGAAAAUCGAUGGACCUUAACCUCAGGGUAUGAAGAGAAAUAUAAAUCUUAUGUAGCACGGAUGUAGUGGGCACCCCUGACCUGCCCCCGACCCAACCAACUGUCCUGUAUGAUUUACCUCCAAACCAGAGACACCUGAGACUUUGUUUGACCUGUGCGUCUCUACUUUUAAUUCAAACCCUUUAAUAGAAGAUUUGGCAACUGAAGCAAUCAAAUAAUAUGUAUUUAAACCAGCUUGUAGCGCCACUGAGAUAAAGACUGUAUUACAAUCUCACCUGUUGAGAAAACAAACGACACCAUCUGUACAAUUAGUUCGAGCUUUAUUUUUUUACCUGAGAUGAUGUUCAAUGGUGUCGUCGUCCUAGCUUUUGAUUUUCCAACCGUUCCCUGUUGUUCAUUUGCUGGUCUCGUCUGUGUUUAUGUGCUUGAAAAGCAUUUUCUAUCAGGGUGCCUCCGGUCCGCAGUAGCACUUUACCGUCUCUGCCGUUCAGCUCUUCUCUUCAGUCACGCAAAGGGCUUCACCCACUGUAGGCCUACUGAUCACACAAACACAGAACAGGACGCCUGCUGCCGGGCACCGAGCGGUGGGAACAGACCAGCAGCUUGUGUACUGGUUGUGUGAAACCAAAAUGUGUACUGUUGGUCAUCUAUCACUGGAAUUAUAAGACUCCAGGUGUCCCAUUUGCACCUGAGUGAUGUGAACACUCCAACAACUGUGGAAACAAGAUUUCAGCAAGAAAAAGCAAGCGUAAAGCCUGUUUAUAGCAGACUUUAAACCAUGAUGCAACUGAUCAACUUUCAUUAGCGCUUCCCUGCCUGGUACACAAGUCUUGCACCCCCAUAAAUUAGUAACCAAGCCCGAUCUAGAGAUACUGUAGAUUGACGUAUGGAGCUCCUUCAGGAAGGAUCUUAUAAUUCCAGAAUGACUGGUCACUUCCCGGCCUGGCUGACAGCUGCUGCAUAGAGGAACGAGCACAGCUUCUGACAGAGGAACUGCCAGUAGUUAAAAAGGCUGAUCGCUAGUGCUCGACUGGGAUAACGGUGUGCCAUAAGUGUUGAAAACACACAAACACCUGCCAGCCUACGAUGCUGUACAUUUUUACACUAGCGAUUUUAACCUGAUGAUUGUAUCGAGGUCAUCGACUUUAUAGUGUUAGUUUUUACGAAUGAUACAUGUUAACUGUAUUUAAAGCAGACAAUUUAAUAGAUUUUGUGCGACUUAGGAACCGUCUGUUCAGCCCUUUCCUAAUCAGAUAGCUGAGACUUGAGAAUGUAUGUAGAUCCAGACGUUUUCUUUCUGUACCAAGUUCAGUCUAGAGCAGUGUUUGUCGCCGUCACUGAGGUAGAAAGACCAGGGAGUACGCAAGCACUACACAAGAUACGAUGCACUUCCUGGUCAUGCCGUAGUAGAAACACUAGUCUAACAGUAUUUCAUUAACUCAGCUAGUAAGCUUUAUAUAAGCCUUACGUGUGAUAGGAGAGGUCGGAGCCUGGUGUUAAAGGAUCGUUAUGCUGCUUUUAACAUGCCGAGCCUCGUUUGAGUCAUCGUGAUCCUGAGAGGUUUUGCAGGUUCCUGGCUCACUAUUAAGGCCUGGUGUUCCAUAAAGAAGGAGAAAACAGUUGAAGCAUUACAAACAUUAUCUUAUUAUACUUUCUUUAUUCCAGGCCACACAACACAUGCAAUUACUUUCUUCUGUACAAAAAAUGACCCACGGAUGCCGUCACAUGAUGAAAACGCGCCAGAGACCUCACCAGCAGCUUCAGCCUGUCCCAGCAUUUACUUCAGUUCUACACAGACUUUACCUCUAGGGCCUUCGGGCCAGAAUGUCAGAUCCUGACGAGUAGAUUGCUGCUGUGUUAACACUUCGUGGCCUUUGCUUUCACACCAUUCAAACAGUAACCGUUACGCUAUUUUACUUGCACUAAGUGUAAAGCUCUAAAAACAGCAAGGAAGGAGCUGAAGCACCGUCUGGUAACUGCGCGUCCUGCAGUACAGACCGCGUUUCAGUCAGCCCACAGUGGAACGAGUGGAGGUGUCGGCAUGUUAAAACCAGCACCGUUUGUCGUUAGAAACAUCAGUGCCAUACAGUGUUAAAUGUGUUGACGACCGUUAAUGUUCAUGCUGUCUUGUUUUCUCAGCCUCUGUGUUGUGCAAAUUAUAUUUAUUCCACAAAACGUGUCUGUCGAGACAAAGUACUGUAACAUAGGACAUUUAAUUUUACUGUAUGUUCUGGAGCCUAAAAAUCAAGUAUAUAUACAUCUGCCACUCCAAUGUUUUUGUCAAAGAAAAAUGACUAUAUUUUUGUUUCUUAUUUUAAACCAAAAGAGUCUCGGGAAUUCAGGGUGUUUUAAGUGGAAAAUGCCAAUAAAUUAUAUGGAAAUUUAUAAAAUAAUCUUGUGAUUAUUAGAUAGUUUGACAAGCUGUUCACCAGGUUCCAUUUGAAUACAAAAGGUACCUUAACGCUGCUUCUGGUACAUUUGUAUGUGACUGGUUUUCGUGUUAUUUGUUGUUUCCAGCAGAAGCUUCUGUCCAGUCUGACCGCGGCUCCAGUGCAGGCUGGAGGCUUCACCCUGUCGACACAAAACACAAACUACGUCACACAAAUGUUUAUAAGAAAGAAACACAAUCACGCUAAUUACUUUAUAUACAUUUAUACCAGUUACACUGACGAAGAAAACAGUUGAGUUUUCACCUUGUAGAGUUGGCAAACCAAGUGGAAACGGGACGACAUGGCUUUGUUCUCCUUCUCCUCUGUAUAUUCCUGCAACAGAUGAAUAUGAUUAUUAAUCUAUAUACCUUUUAGUUGCCACUGAACAAUGUUUGAGAUCAACUAACACAAAUACUGUUACUUCACACUUCACAGUGAUAUCACCAAGUGAUAUUACUGUUUUAUUAGCAUGUUUUCUCAUAAAUUAGUUUAGUAUUUUAAUUGUUUGUAACAGUUGUCCAUUACUUCAAAUUUCAUUCCAGACCAGCAAGAACAAGGCAGCAGAAAAUAAGACAUAAGAAUCAGUCAGAGGUGAGAGGUACAGUAUGUAAGUCAUAAGAAAGGUCAGAAGUGGUCAAAUCAAAGGAACAGUAGCAGCAAUAGGGACUAAAGAAAAGCCGAAAUACCACCGUCCGUCUUUAAUGCAUGACUUACCAGAGAAAUAAUGAGAUCAGAGAUCUUUGAUUUACAAGGAUCUUAGCGUCAUCAUCAGGGUGGAAUUACAGUAUGACUCGUAUGCUAAAAACGAUCAGCUCAGUUGCUGAACAACAGCUGAAGCUGCAGGACCUAUUGUGAAGGAAUGAAUAAUGCUGAUGGAGUAGAAGGUUGCUUUUAAUGAGAACUUGUUCAUUGGGAGACAGGAGGCAUGAAUCAUGUCUGACGGCCUGAACGUUUGAUAAGCCAGUUAAUCCAGACUGUCAGCACAGCCCAUUUACCCCAUUGAGGCUGAUCCAGGGCAUGUGCUUGUGAGCUGGUUUCAUGUCAUGCAUGAGUCCAUAUUCCAGACCUUCUCUCACACAGGACUCAAUGCCGGACACCAGCAUAGAGCUGGAGGCACCAAACAGCAGAUACAACAAGCUUCAACUAACAUUGUACAGCAAUACAGCACAAAUCCAAAGACUAUAUUGGCAUUUAAAUAUCAGCUGUGCAUAUUUACACGUUCUGUAGCAUUAAGAACAUCUGCAACAUCAACCUCCAUGCAGUAGAUGAUGCAAAAUGCUAGGUGUCCGGUAAGAUGGAGGAGACAGGCCUGAGGAACACAAUUAAUUCAGCAUCAUAUUUAGUAUGAAUUAUAAUGUUACAGUGCUACAGCACAAAAAGCAAACCUCGAUCAAGUUUCCCUCCGUGCUGACAGGUGAAGGGAGACUUUGCUAAGUUUAGCUCCUGAAAGAGAAAGUGUCAGUUCUUUAAACCUACUCAUGAUGAUGUUAGCUUAACGUGUCCAUUUUGCAUAACAAGAGGAUUAAGACCAGCUUGCCUUAGCAUUCCCAUAAGGAACGAGAGUGACAGUCAUGAUGUCCUGCAGCAGCAUCCAGGGGGGAAGGAGCUGCUGGGACAUGAAAACUCUGGAGGCUGGACACAAACUCUAAUAGUACAGAGUGACAGAUACAGGAGGGACUGUCUGGUUUGGCCUGAUAGCCUUCACCUCCAUGCACUGCUUCUGUACCUACUGUACAUAUGACAGACACAGCAGUGUAACAGCAGUUUUCUUAAAAUGGAGCAAGUCCCUUUUAAUUUCUUACAAAGUACUCCACAAUGUGACAGAUUUGAUACUGUAUUCAAUUUAUCAUAACCAAACUUUGUGAUUCAGUGUUAAAGUGAAAUGUUUGUUCUCCGUGUCUGCCUUCAAAUGUCUUUAACCCAACUGUUUGUGCCUGACCCAAGUUGCUCUAUCAGUCACAUGCAGAACCACCAGUGUUCAAUUUCUGAAGCCUGACUUUCAUUUCAGAUAACUGCAGAGAAAUUAAAAACUCCACUGAACUCAGUCUACCGUGUUUUAAGGCAAUGCUGAUAAUUAAAACAUCAUGGUUCCUAUUAGUAUUCCAAAUUUUCCAGCCAAAAAUAGAAAAAUAAGUUGUCUUUUGAUAUUAUAGAAAAAAAUAAGUGCAACUGCAACUGUGUUUAACUACCGCUCUAACAAACAUUGGGAAACUUCCAAUCCUCCACCUCAGAUCCAACACUAUAACAUGAGUUAUGGAGUCAGCAAGCACAUGCAACCGAUAUACAAGCAUAGAAACAAUUAUCAAAAAUAUUAAAUUCCCAGUUUAAAAAUACCCAGUAUGACCCUUCUAUAAUUUUUUUUAUUUAUUUACAUAUUUUUAGUGGAAACGCAAAGCCUUAUGGGUUGUUCAACACCGACCAAAUGCUAGUUUUGUGUCUAUUGCAAUUACAAAUAAUAUUUAUAAAUUUUAUAACAGAUGUAGCAAAAAUUUGUAGAUGAAAAUUAGGAUUGGACCUAAAUCAUAAAAUAUAUACUUUCAUAAAAAGCCCUAUUUGAAAAAGAUGAGUAGUCGCAAACGGACGCCAUAUUAGGUCUGUUUACCUGAAUACACCUACUAAACUUAUGUGCAUUUCUGCUCAUAAAGUCUGAACUCGCUGAGGGCGCCUACUCUAACUGUAAAUAUUCACAUAUAUAUACACAUUUACAUAUAUAUAACUUCGGGUUUGGAGCUAAUUGGUAUUGAGUAACCAACCACACGUGAAAAUCAUGUUUAUACAGUGGAAAGUAGCUUUAGCUAAGCCAGCGUUAGCUUAGUGCUACGUCUAAGUGUCUGGGAACACUGGGAGGAUCAUCGGAAUUAAACAUCGCAUGUGCCAUGAAACGAGGACACGGCGACCUGAUCUGGACCUGGAUGUGGCUGCUCCAUGCAGAAAGAAGCACUGAGAGGUCACAGCAAAGCAGAGGUCACUACAAUCACUGGGAUCCUCGGCAGUAGUAUCACUCUUAAUUUUACAUUUUCUGACCCUCUUACUCUUUCUAAAAGAUCCUAUGUGGGCAUUUACCUUAAAGGGGAGAAAAAGAUUGCUGAAUGUAAAAUUCGCUCAGUUUGCAGAGAUGUAGGACUUGACCCUACAAAGAGUGUUGUAUUUUACCACAUUUUAAAUCUUAAACAAAAUGAUAGUGACACGUACUGGGCCACUUUGCUUGAGACUGAAGUUCCCAUUAAAAGCAAUGAGGUGCAUCUGGAUGUUCGAGAGGAAAACAGGAGCAGCACAGUUCCUCCAAAGCUGACUGACAACACACCAAUUAAAAGCAAUGGAAGUUCCAGUUUCUUCUUUCCCCCUCACAUCGUCACUGUCCUUGUGGUUUCACCUGUAGUGGUGCUGGCGGCCGUGCUUCCCUGCGUGAUUUGGUGUCUCGUGAGAACAAAAGGAAAACCACCACAGUCACAACAAAGCUCUAAUCCAACUUUACAGGAAACUAUUGAGACCAACAGUAUGUCUCCACCCUCAGUUAUCUACAGCGUCCUGGACUUCCCCAAAAGAUCUUCAACGGUUCUGGAGAUUCAGUCAAAUGACACAGAGUAUGCUGCUGUCAGCUAUCUGUCAGAAAAGAGGAUAACACAAGGCUGAAUGUAAACUCUCUGUGUCUUGUGUUGACUUAAAGGUUUGUAAGGUCUCUUGCCAAAUGCUGUCUUGGAGCUCCAGUUGUGAGCCAUUCCAGUGUAUGUGCUUCUAACAGGAACACACUGUACAGAGGAGUUGUAGGUGUAGAGAAGACUUUAUGCCACAGUAUGUUUUCAGUUCACGUGUUACAGUAUUGUCAUUCUCUUGAUCUGAAAACUUGAACCCUUAGAGAGUCAAUUUGGAGACUUUGUGUGUUUUGUUAUUGUCGCCAUGCCAAAAAACAAUCUUAUUAGAGUUAUUUCCUAAGUAACUGUAAUUUCCCUAAGUAAGUGUCUACACAACAACAUUACAACAGAGGUGCUUAUAUUAUCUGCUAGACCGACAUUACUAAUGUAUGUGUAUUAACGAUAAUUGUACUUUUAACAAUAUUUUUCAGCCUUCCAUGUUUCUGUUUUGUCAUUGACACGCCCCCAAAAAAAUCUAAAUCAACAGUGGUUAACUUGUUUAUUAGCGUCAGGAGUUGUGACGUUUGUGCUUGCUCUCUUUGAUUUCAGGUUUAGUAACCUACGUCUGUUUUUCAUAACCUUUUUCAAUCACCUAAAGUUCAUGUUUACACCUAAAAUCAAUAAUUGACGGAAUGAAACAGAGACCUGGAAGAUAAAGAUCUGUUAGCGCCUCAAUGAUACUGUAGAUUUAAAGGUCACCAGUUUGAUUUUUCCAACUAGUGACAGUUUGACAAGCUCAUACAAGUCUUAACUACCAUAGCUAUCUGACACUAUCUCAGUCAGUUUCCACUGCACAUUUGUAAAAGUUCUCUUUUGGUUGGUGCUUAUUAAUGUGUUAAAAGAUUUAUCAGACAAACGACUGAGUUUGUCUGAUAAAUCUGAUAAAUCAUGUUCAUUUAUUAUUUUGUGUUGAACACGUGAGUCACCCAACAUGUUUCAUUGGCAAACAGGUUCAACAAUUAUCCUAGAGUUUAGAUGAAACUUAGAUAAUCAACAAAAACAGUAAAUAUUGUCAGAAAUGUUUAGGGUAUAUGUUUAGGAUAUUGUUUUCCACCACGGUACCAAUUUUAUAAUAUAAAUGCACAAAAUAUGUUGGGACUAGUGUUGAAAUAAGCUUAUUGUGUAUAAUGUAUUUGUAUAUUAAUUAAUGUUGAAUGUAUGUCUUAUGUAUUGUAAGUGCCACAACUUUUUGUUCAGGACAGUGCAUGAAACCAAUUGUACAUACUUGUGUUUUAAGUAGAGCUGCAUGAUCACCUCGUUUAAAACCAGUUCCUAAUAAAACAGCUGCUGAUUCAA